GCAUUGGUGCUCCGUGUUAUUCGGAACGGAGUGAGUACAUUCGCGUUUCUAAGCUGAAAGUGCUCAACCACAAGUUCUAACGGCCAUAACUUCUCUUCCCUCCCUUCAGUUAUCCCUCUUAUCAUCUUAUGGCCUCAACAAUGGCCACAAUACUCCAUUUUCCCGCCAAUUUUCACCCUUCUUCCUCCCUAAAACCCUUCUUAAACCCUAAUCAAUCAAAUCCCUCAAUUCCCUCCAAAUCCCCUAAAUUCUCUCUCUCCUCAUCACAAUCUCUCUCCGCCAAAACCCACCUUCUCAACCUAAUUUCCGAUCAAGAUCGCGGUCUCAAAACCCAGCAAAACCCUAAUCUCCGAUCCCAAAUUAUCGCCGCUAUCGAUUCCCUCGCUAUUCUGGGUAAAGAUUUGAUCACAACUGAUGAUUCCCUUUCUGGGACUUGGCGAAUGCUUUGGACUACAGAAAAAGAACAACUUUUUUUCAUAAAAAAUGCCAGUUUUUUUGGUACUCAAGUUGGGGAUGUUCUUCAAGUUAUUGAUGUUGAUAAUCUUAAGCUCAAUAAUGUAAUUACUUUCCCUCCAUCUGGGGUUUUCUUCGUUCGAUCGAGUAUGGAGGUUGCUUCCAAUCAAAGAGUUAAUUUUAGAUUUACAAGUGCAGUAUUGCGAGGAAAAGAUUGGGAGUUUCCUUUACCACCAUUUGGGCAGGGAUGGUUUGAAUCCGUUUAUUUGGAUGAUGACAUCCGAGUUGCCAAGGAUAUACGAGGAGAUUACUUAGUUGUCGAUCGAGCUCCUUAUGAAUGGAAAGAAUAGAGGUCCAAAAACACUAAAUUGUCAACUUGGCGUGGUUUCAUUCCAUGCUGCAUGACUUCUUGUAAUCCUUACUACUCUGCUUUACUGUAAGUUUGUAUUUCUUCUAGGAAAGGAAUUCUGUAAAUAAUGUAAAUUUAAUUAUUUCAAGUACUGAUGAAAUGGUUAGCAUAUCAGCUGGAGCUUCACUUGAGCUAGAUUUCACUUUCAACUGAGUUGUCACAGGUCUUGCAGAGAUCCUUUAAUUCCAUUCUGUAUACCAUCUUUGGUCAUGUUGGCUAGUUAAAAUGUUCAAGUACUG